CGUGCCACGGCGGCGUGGUCGUCCUCAUUCGUCAAUCGCCACCCAUCUCCCAUCCUCCCAUCCCCUCUACCCGUCGAAACCCUAGCCAGCAAUCCCGGCAAAAAUCUCGCUCCGCCGCCACCUCGCCAUGGGCAAGAAGCGGAAGCUCGAGACCAAACCCGCGGCAGCCGCUAAGGCUUCCCCGGCCACCGCGGCCAAGUCCACCACCGCUAGGGCCGCCGGCCUAUCCGAGGUCAUCGCCCCCGUCGCGGCGGUGAAGGAGGAGCCCCAGAUGGCGGGCGGCGAGGAGGAGGAAGAGGAGGAGGAAGUGGAGGUCGAGGAGGAGGUGGAGGUCGAGGAGGAAGUAGAGGUUGAGGAGGAGGAGGAGGAGGAGGACGAAGAAGAGGCGGGCGAAGGCGAGAGUGACCCGGCCUCGAUCCAGGCGCUGCUGGAUUCCUUCCCCAAGGACCAGCUCGUCGAGCUGCUCCGCGACGCGGCCGUCGCGCACCGCGACGUGCGAAGCGCCGUCCGGCGCGUGGCCGAUGCCGACCCGGCUCAGCGGAAGAUCUUCGUCCACGGCCUCGGCUGGGACGCCACCGCCGACACCCUCACCGAGGCGUUCACCCCCUACGGCGAGAUCGAGGACCUCAGGGUCGUCACCGACCGCAACACCGGCAAGUGCAAGGGGUACGGGUUCAUCCUCUUCCGCCACCGCUCGGGCGCCCGUGCUGCGCUCCGCGAGCCCCAGAAGAAGAUUGGGAACCGCAACACUGCCUGCCAGCUCGCCUCUGUGGGCCCUGUCCCGGCUGGAGGUGCGGUCAGCAACCCUGUGCCAGCCCCAGCUCAGUUGCAGCUGCCGCCUGUGUCAGAGUAUACCCAGCGCAAGAUAUUUGUCAGCAAUGUUGGUGCAGAUAUCGACCCGCAGAAACUGUUUCUAUUCUUUGCAAGGUAUGGUGAGAUUGAGGAGGGUCCGCUGGGUCUUGACAAGGUCACUGGGAAACCCAAGGGAUUUGCUCUUUUUGUCUACAAGACCAUUGAGAGUGCCAAGAAGGCUCUUGAGGAGCCGCAUAAGCAUUUCGAGGGAGUUGUGCUGCACUGCCAGAAGGCAAUUGAUGGACCAAAGUCCAACAAAAUAGGAGGGCAUGGAGGCUUUUACGGUGCUGGGGCUUCAAGUGGGAGCAAGGGGGUUGCUGGUUAUGGAGCUACUAGUCAUUCUCUGCCCGGAAGCGUUGGUAUUGGCCAGCCGAUGUCACCUUUGGCUCCCAGCUUGGCUUCAAUGCCGGGAGGUAUUGCUGCUGCUCCAGGGGUGGAUCCUGCUCUGGGGCAGGCCUUGACAGCUUUGCUUGCCUCCCAGGGGGCUGGGCUGAAUUUGAAUAGCAUUCUGGGAGUUGGUGCUAAUGGAGGGGUGCCUCCGCAGGGGGCAUCUGGAGCACUGGGUGGUAGCGGUCUGCCAGGGAUGCAAGGUGGUUAUUUGGGUGGCUAUGGUGGUUCUGGUGGGUAUGGGAGUGCACCAGGGGGGCCUGGAAGAAAUUACAUGGGCCAUUAGGUAAGAUUUGGAUGGUUAUAACUAUUUUACUGUGGCCAGAUGAUUCUACAUGUCCCUGCUUGGCACUUAUAAACUUUUUAAAGCUGAUUCUGGCUACUCAAUUACACUUAUGGUCAAAGUUUUCGUAGGAACCUUGAUUUCCUCCACCUAUCGUUUCAAAAAUGAAACAGUGCUUUGUACAACUAUUUAGAUUUUCAAAAGGCCAUCUUGUGGCUUGCAAGACUAUUGUAAAAGACUUCAUGUGGAUUUAAAGAACUGCGGUAUUGAAGGACAUUACUUAUUUCGUAUUUUCUGUGUACGGUUUUCAAAAGGCCAUCUUGUGGCUUGCGAGACUAUUGUAAAAGACAAGUGGAUUUAAAGCACUGUGGUAUUUAAAGACAAUAAUGUUUUCGUGUUCUUUUAUGCGGUUUUUAAAAGUCUACCUUGUGGCUUGCGAGACUAUUGUAAAUGAUUUCAUGUGGAUUUCAACUAUUGUUUUGUUUUCACUUUUUUAUGUAUGAUAAACCCGCUGGUGUCACGUUUAAGCAUAAUUUAUACUCUGCAUUGGACA